AACCAGAAAAUACGAUUAAGCAAUAACGAUGAAAACAAUGCUAAUUACAGCCAAUCAAAGAGGUGUAUUUAAUUAAAAGGGUCGGCAUCCAAGUCACACAUGCAGUAAUGGUUAAGAUAAGAAAUGGACACGAAGUGAAGAGAAGUUAAAAUUUUCUUAGGAAUUCCUGACAUGUAUUGAAUGAAUAUUGUUUUUGACCCUUUACUUACCUGGUAAUGUGAAAAAUAAAAUCAGUUUUGUAUUUUAAAAUCAAUUCCAUUAUGAGUUCAUUGGAGAAUAAGGAUUAUAUUCUUAAAGAGUUACCCACCAAAGGAUUAAAAUUAAAGAGACAUAAAGAUAGAAGAGAUUCUCCUACUAUUCCUCCAGUGCGGCUGAGAUUAAAGAGCAGUAGUUCUCCUUUAAGUUGUGAAACAGAUGUGGAAAAGUGUUUAUCUGAUAGAUCAGUGUCGUCUUCACCUGACAGUUUCAGUCAAGAACUUUCUCCAGUUUUUACAAAUAUGUACAAAACUGUUAAUUCUUUACCCUCCUCCCCUUUAAUGUGUGAGCCUUGUGAACCUUUACAGUUUACUUCUAAGUUUGAAGAAGAUAGUGAUCAACCACUAGAUAUGAGUUGGAAGCGUACUGAUAACAAAGAUUAUCAAUGUUCUCAACAGCAGUUAAGACCUUCUGUGAUAACAUGUGCUUCCGCUUUAUUGAGAACUCAAUGCAAUCUUUCUGAUUUGGCUCAUCAAAUGUGUUCUGCUAAUGUUAGUGACUCUAAUCAUAUUGAGGUGAAACAAACUCCUUCUGAGAAAUUUAUCGAAACAAGUGAGGAAAAAAAUAAAGUUAGGAGAUUUGGUCAUAGACGUGAAAUAGUUUCAGGUUCUUGUGAUCCUGUCAUCGAUGAACACUUUCGACGAUCUUUAGGCAAAGACUACCAGCAAAUAUUUUCCAAAUCAACAGGCAAUAAUGUUUCCAUUACUGUGGAUGAGCAUUUCGCUAAAGCUCUUGGAGAAACUUGGCAUCAAAUUCAGCACUCUAAAUUGCCAUCUGCUGAGUCUUUUUCAACAACUCAUUCUUCAAAUUCCUCAAGUCCUCACAUUAUACCUCAACCACAUGAAAUUUUAUCCUGAAAAUGUAAUUUAGUAUAAUUUAUUUAUACAAUAUGUUUUCAUUCGAUUGAAUGAAGUUUCUGGUUAUGGUAAACAGAAAAAAUGUAUGUCCCACAUGUUUGAGAGAAAUCUUUGCUUAUGAAAUAUUUUACUGUUUCUGACUGUUUUUAUUUUUAAUGUUUUUGUUACAUUUAAAUGAUUCUUGUUAAAGGAUGCUUCAAUUAGUGACAUUGGCCAUAUACUGAGUAUUUAACUGAUAUGUUGUUCAUGUAUUUAAAAUAGUUAUUUAACUGUGAUAAAAAUAUAUCUUAGUACUCAGUAAAAAAUUUUAAUAUUGAAAAGUUAAAUCCUGAAAAUUAUUAUUGAAUCAUGAAAAUUAAAAUUGAUAGUACUAAACCAUGGAUGGAAUCUUCAGCACUCUCCCCAUAUUGCAAAGCAAGAAAUAAUUAGAAACUAAACAAUCUAUAGAGUGUGAUCAAAAUCUCAUAAUCAAUAAUGGCACUUGUGCUAUCAUUAUCUCUCUUAAUUUUUUUAAAAAGCAUUUCUUUAAGUUCAAGUAUGUAGAAAGCUUUCUAUUUUAAAUUUUCUAAAAAUUACUACAAUAUGGUAGUUCUUUUUUCAAAUUGUAAUGUUGCAGUGUUUAUUUCAAAAUAUAGUGUUGUGUAAUUUUAUGAGUUACAUUUGAAUAUUUUUUAUUAGAAUUGAUACAUUUGGUAUUAGUUCAUAAAAACUAUUGUUGUUUCUAUAUGUUAUAUAUUAAAUUAUUAGUUUAGUAUAGAUAGUUGUUAUUACUAUAGAAUAUUUUAUUUUAAUUUUUCAAUCUAUAUCAUAUGUAAUCUUUAAAAGUAUUAAUAAAGUUUGUGAUCUUUGGGGAAUUAGGUAGCAGUUAAACUACAAUGUAUCUUUUUUUUUUUUAAAGUUUUUUUUUAUAGCUGAGCUUUAGAUUUUUAUAAAAUGUCACUUCAUAGUUUUCUAUUUUUCUAACUGGUAAAUUAGUUUGUAUACUAAUGAGCAGCAAAAAUGCAAAUGCUUAAAUUUGAAUUUGGUUUUUCUAACUAUGUAUGGGUUCUAAAAAAAAAAACAUUUUUUUGAGAAUAUUUGCUUUCACUAAUUAAUUUCAAUCUUUAAAAAUUGACUGGUAAAUAGGUUUUAGAUGAGCUUCUGAGAAAACGUUACACAUUCUGAAUGUUUAUUGUAAAUAUUUAAUGUUAUUAAUUGAAUUUUUAAUUGUAUCUUAUUCCUCCCGUAAAUAUCCUCCAUUACUAAGAGGUCAUUUUCCUCACCAUCUUGGAAUUAAAGUUCAAUUUUUAUUUAUUUAUUUAUUAUUUGCUUAACAAACUUUUGAUCAUAGACUAUCAUUCGUCAGCAUUAUUCUUUCCCCAAAAAGUUUGUAAAUGUAAACUUUGCCAUAUUAAGUUAAGAGAAAUAGCAUUUAAUAGCUUUUAAAACUUCUUAAUGUGAACUGAUGAUUGUGAACUGAUAAAACAAUGUGUUUACUUUUGAAUAAAAAAAGGUUUUCAAAUUUUCUAUAUUCUUUGUGUUAUAUUUAGGCAUUUAAUAAUCAGAUUUUUUUGUGUUGUCAAAAUGUGUUUGUCAUAUUAGAUUAAUGGAGAUUGAUGUUUAGUUUUCCUUCUUAAAAAAAUUGCUAAGUAAUACUUUUAAUAAAGUAUUAAAUCCUAAAAUAAAAUUGGUGUUAUAUAUUCUAAAAACUUGAAAGACUUAGUCACUAAGUCAGUAAUACAAAGUUUAAAAAACAACCAAGUUUAGAUAAUAAAACGUGAGUAAUAAUUUAAUACUUAAUUUUUAAUUUUUUUCUGAAGUGUAAAUUUUAGAAUGAUCCUUAAAUAUGCUCUUUCUUUUGAGAGAAUAUGAACUAAAUUAAAAUGCAUUUAUAAAAUUCAUAGAAGAUUUUAAUUUUUUCAAAUGAAAAUACGUUGCUAUUUUUAAUUUUAUUUUUAGUGCUGUAUUUUAACAAUUUAAAAAAAAUGAGUUGUGUCUUUUUAUCUUGUUUAAUAAUGUAAAUAGUGAUGCUGGUAAAAUUUUUAUCUUUACACAAAACAUUACUUUCAGUCAUAGUGAUAAGUAAGCGUACAUAUUUAAUUAAUGUCCGAUUAUUUUUUUAUUUAAAAUAAUUUUUAGUAUGACUUUUCUUUAUACUAAUAAAAGAAUGAAGCUUUUUUGAGCCUAGAUUGAAUUGUAGACUAGAAAAAAAAACAAUAGAAUUUUUUACUUAUUACAGAAUUUCUGAAUUAAAUAUAUCAUUUAUAUACUGUAGCUUAAGUUUUUCAUAUUCUUUUGAAAUAAAAAGGAAAAAUAAUUGUUUAUCAUUUCUUGGAUUUCAUAAUUUCAAUGUUCAAUUUCCUCUCACUUAACUUUCUUCUAGUGUAAUAUUUGCAAUUAGUUAAUCAUUUCCUUUUAAAAUAGCUUUGAAAUUAAAAUCAUUAUUUUGGUUUGAUUAAAAUUAAUUUUACUAACCAUUUUGUGUCUUGUGAAUUUUAAAGCUAGUUUUUUUUUAAAUUCAAUUACCAUUGUAGUUUCCAUAUUCUCGUAUAUGUAUGUUAAUGAAGUGAUGGCGAUUUUUUGUAUUAUUAUUAAUUUUAUUGAUAAAGGAAAAUUAUUUAUUUUGGUUUUAUAGCACAGAUUAAGAAUAAUGAAUUUAAAUUAAAUAUCAUGUUUUGUGUUUGUUAGUAAAGGUAGAUUUUCGGUCAAUAUUUGAUAUGAUAAAUGUACUGAUAAGCAGCGUGAAUUUGUUCUAUUUAAACUUUUUUAUAAUAUUCAGAUUUGCUCGAAUUUUCCUUUUGCUUUUAACCCUCUAAGGGUUGAACCCUGUGGGUAAAAUUAUACUGAAAUUCUGCUGCAGUGCACUAUUUUCCUGUUAACUAGCAUGGAGAAACUGGUUUUUUGAUGCAGGAUAGCGAGUCUGCAUAUGGAAGUUUGGAAAAGGCUGGAACUAACCCUUAGAGGGCUAAUUUGCUUUCUCAAAUGCUUAGUAACUUUAUAGUUUGUUUGUUAGUAAACUUUAAUGUAAAUAAAAAAUAUAUAUCUUAUAUUAAUUGUAAAUAAGCUUAUUCUUGUAAGCAUUUUUAUUAUGGAUAAGGCAAUCCUUUUUCUCAUAUUAAAAAUUGCUAUUUUAUAAAUAAAUCCUAAGUGUGUAUUUAUUGUAAUACUAAAUUGUAGUAUUUGAUUUAUUGGGUUUUAAAUAACAAAUAUUUAAAUAUUAAAGACCAUUUAAAAUAAAGUUGGAAAAUCCUUCUUUAUUAUUUUUUUAAAGUAAUAAGCUUUUGCAUAAAUAAUGGGAUGGAUCAAAAAAGUUAAAGUGUCUUAAAUCUCUUAGCGGUUUUGCAGAAAUGUUAUCAGCUACAUUAUGUAAAAUCUUAUGAUUCUGAAUUGAUAUCAGCUGUCAUUUCAAUAGGUCGCAAAUCACUUAAAAGUUACCAUUUUUUGACAAAUAUCUUCAAAACUUUAGAAUUAAAACUAAAUAUCCCCAGUCUUCUCAAUGGCAGAAAGUUUGGAUUGGUUCAAUGAGGCAAGAUAUAAUUUCAGGAGAUUUAGUUUUGCUGCUUUUAGGGACCUAACAAAACUUCUGUGUCUUUGAGACGAUAUUAAGUUAUAUUUCUGAAAUUUUGAACAGUUAUUCUUGUUAAAUUGUAACCUUCAAGCACUACCGUAAGUCUGACUACAAAAGCUGUGAUUUUUUAUUAUUUUUAUAUAAAUUGUCACAACUUUUAGCCCAUUGAAGGACAAAAUAUACUAAUUCAGAAUCAUACAUACUUUUUAAACUACCUAUUGACAUUAUAGCUUAUAGAAUUAAGAUGUUUCAACUUUUUCAGCCCACCUUAAUAAAUAGUUGUUUUUUGUAACUUCUUUAUUUAUUUAAAAAUAAUUAUACAUAAAUAUUUUAGUGAGUAAUAUUUUUAUUAAAAUAACAUUUUUACUGGCUUCAAUUUUUAAAAACUAGUUACGUUUAGAAUAAGAAAUUUUACUAAUAUUUAUAUAUAUUAUAUUUAAAAAUGUAUCAGACUCUAUUAACUUAUUACACAGUAUACAGUGAGAAGUUUAGCGAAUGCAUAUAUAUAUAUAUAUAUAUAUAUAUCAAACUUAUUAAUUGUUCAAUGACUAAACAAGUGCCUGGUUUUAAGUGUUGGGAUAUUUCGGGUUGUUGUGCAAUUUUAAUUUUUUUUCAACCAAGGCUUUUAAUGUUCUUCCAUUUUGGCUAUAAAUUUUGGAAUGGGUUUACCAUUUAUUUUGCUAAGACUUUUCAUCGUAAAUCUUGAGACAUUUAUGAAAUUUUGUUAAAAAUGUAGUAUAUAUCAUUAAAGUUUUGUUCUUAAACUUAUAAGCGUAGAUGAUAGAUUAUCUAUGAUGUCUAUCAUUAAAGUUUAUUUGCAAUAUUUUAAUUGAAUUAAGUUUUUUUUUUAUGAUGUUAAAUGAAUAAUUUUUUUUGUAAUUUCAUGAUUAUUUGAUUUUCUAGUUAAUUUUGAACUUGCAAAAUUUGGAGCAAAUUAUUGUUACUUUGAAAAUGGAUUCCUAUUUUUAUACAUGCCGAUUGGAGAAACUGCCUUUUGUAUAUAGGUGUAAAUAAAUAUAUUUUUCUAAGGUUUUACUAUGGUGACAAAUUGUAACAUUAAAUGUUAGGAAUGGAUUAUUUUGCAAUGUUUUCCAUGUUAUUCCUCUGAAAGAUAUAUUCUAAGCAUUGUAAAAUUAGACAGUCAUUAAUAAACAUUUUUCUUGUUUUUUA